CCAAGGUGUGUGCGCACGCACGCGUAAGCGUGUGUUGAGAGAGCGCGAAAGAGCUGAUGAGACUUUAUUCACAUCAAAUCUGUUGUAGUUUUUAAUCCUCACACUAUUCUGGAAGCAAUAUCGGGAUGAGGAUUUAUUUUCUCACUGGUCGCUUGACAGAAACAGAAAAGUAGCUCUGCGUUUCGGUGCAGAAUGAAGCGUUCCGAAUGGGGACCAGACCCCGUGCCGCGGACAUUGUGGAUGGCACUUUAUCCACGAUUUAUCGCCUGAAAAACAGAUGGAGAGUCAAUUUGACCACACGAACGUGGAAGAUGACUUGUGCGUUUUCUCUGUGUAUCCUCGUAUAUGUUUUGGAUUUAGCUGUUGGCUAUUUAACUGUCACUCUUGAGCCUCUCCCUCCCGUUGUCAUUGGAGACACAGUAACGCUCAAGUGCAAUUUCAUGACAAAUGGCAACCUGCGAGAGAUUGUGUGGUUUCGGGUGACAGAGGGUGGCAGUGCCAAGCAGAAGAUCUUCACCUAUGAUGCCAUGACCAACACCAACUUCUCCCAUAUGGAGGACUUCCGCAGACGAGAAGACUUGGUCUACCAAUCAACUGUCCGGCUCCCUGAGGUCCAGAUGGAUGAUGAUGGGCCUUAUGAGUGCCACGUGGGGAUCUACGACAAGGCCUCUAGAGACAGGGUGGUCUUAGCCUCUGGCAGCAUCGUGCUCACUGUCAUGGUUCCUCCUAAGUCCAUUUCUGUAGUGGCAGCAGACUGCUCGGCUCCCUUCAGUCGCUAUGACACCCAGAACUUCACUCUAGUCUGCAUCGUCAUGGGAGGAAAGCCAGCCCCUAUGGUGUACUUCAAGCGUGACGGCGAGCUGAUCGAGGUGGACCCCUCUAUUAUGGAGGGUGGCGGGGGAAAAUCCCAGGGCAGGGGCCAGGCAGGGCUACGGAUCUCUAGGCCCCCGAUCAGUAGAGACCUGGAUGACACCAAGCUGAAGAAGUCCCUCUCCCUGCUUGACCAGGGGAAGCCACCCCGUCUGGACCAUGACACCCCUGGGAAAGGAGGGAUGGGGAAGAUGGUAGGGGCCGGGAGGGAGCCAGGAAGUCUGGAGGGGUCUGAACCCAGCCCCACCACCCCGGAGGUGAUCCCAGAGACAGUGGUAAGCCGGGAGUUCCCUCGCUGGAUGCAGAGCACUGACCCGCUCUACUACUUCCAGCACCGGCGGCAGGUGUCCAGUGACGGCACCAUGGAGGUCAGAGCCAUGCUCACCUGGAGCCUCAACCCCCAGCUGGACAACGACGCCCUCUACAGCUGCGAGGUCAAGCACCCAGCUCUGUCCAUGCCCAUGCAGGCUGAGGUCACUCUGUCUGCUCCCAGGGGCCCCAAACUGUCCAUGACGCCUGGUAAGGCUAAAGUAGGAGACACUGUCCGCAUUACAGUUCAGGGCCUCCAGAUCUCAUCCACUGGGAACAUGGUGUUCCCCGAGCCAUUGUUCACCUGGACCAGAGUGGGAGGUCCUCUGCUGGACGGGAGAGAGGAUCAUAUUGGGAGGGAGCUGGUGCUGGAGCGAGUACCGGCCAAGCUCAACGGCUCCAUGUUUCGGUGCACUGCCCAGAACCCUCUGGGCUCCACAGACACAUACACACGGCUUAUCGUGUUUGAGAACCCCAGACUUAAGAAGGGGAGACACAAUUUUGUUGUAGAUGCAGCCUAUUGCAAUGAGGGACUGGGGCUGACCACCAUGGUGUUAAUGUUAACCCUGACAUGGGAGAUGACGUGAGCAGCAAAAUGGACCCAUGACCUUAUUCAGUCACUCUAAUCUCUCCAGUCUCUUCCUCGUCACUCACUUCCCCAUCUUCUGGAGUUCCAGCCACUGGACCUGAAGAAGCACUGUUCACUUUUCAUAAAAGCAACGUCUGAUAAUAAAAACAUUGUCAGAAAUAUGAGAGAUAAGAACUACAUGCAUUCUAACUCUCUUCGUGUUUGUUGUCACUCUGCCUGUCUAACUGCAUGUUCCCUUUUCGUCUUGUCAACAUCCUACGAUCAACUAUCACAGUGGCUAUGUUUUAUGUUUGACCCCAAUGUGUGUUAGAGGUCUUUUUAACCGAGUUGGUGUGGGCUGGCCCACAUUAGAUACUUUUCCCCAUCUUCCUGUUAUUUGAAGGCCAGAACACAUAAAAUGUGACACGCUUUUCCCCAUCUUCCUGUUAUUUGAAGGCCAGAACACAUACAAUGUGACACGCUUUUCCCCAUCUUCCUGUUAUUUGAAGGCCAGAACACAUACAAUGUGACACGCUUUUCCCCAUCUUCCUGUUAUUUGAAGGCCAGAACACAUACAAUGUGACACGCUUUUCCCCAUCUUCCUGUUAUUUGAAGGCCAGAACACAUACAAUGUGACACGCUUUUCCCCAUCUUCCUGUUAUUUGAAGGCCAGAACACAUACAAUGUGACACGCUUUUCCCCAUCUUCCUGUUAUUUGAAGGCCAGAACACAUACAAUGUGACAUGCUUUUCCCCAUCUUCCUGUUAUUUGAAGGCCAGAACACAUACAAUGUGACAUGUUUUUCCCCAUCUUCCUGUUAUUUGAAGGCCAGAACACAUACAAUGUGACAUGUUUUUGAAAUAUCUUGGUCAGCCAGACCUUGAUUGAAAUAAAUGUUUGGUCGGAAAAAUAAUAAUUGAAUUAGGUAAAGAGCUGUAUAUUUUAGGCCAUUGGCUAAAAUGCUUGCACUUCUUUAAGGAAAAUGUAUGGUCUGUGGUAGGCCUACUGGCCCUACUUUAAUGCACAGCCUAGUUUCUUUUACCAAUGAGAAAUCUUAGUCACGGAGCCAAUGUGACAUUGAUUCAAUGGUUGGAAAGAUGGGGAGAGGUCUGUCUGUGAUAAAGAUAUGUUUUGCUUUGUUGACACCACACACCACAAAGCAAGGCCUGCAGGCUUUAUUUUUUAUUUUUUUAUUAUGUUGAUUAUUGCCCCGUCGUGUGGUCAGGUGCUGCAAAGAAGGACCUAGAACAACUGCAGCUGGCCCAGAUCAGAGCGGCAUGUCUUACUCUUCACUGUAAUCAGAGGGCUAAUAUCAAUACUAUGCAUGCCAGUCUCUCUUGGCUAAAAGUAGAGGAGACACUGACUGCAUCACUUCUUUUUAUAAGAAAUAAUGUGUUGUAAAUUCCAAAAUGUUUGCACAGUAAACUUACACACACUUACCCCACUAUAAAUGCCACCAGGGCUCUUUUCACAGUCCCCAAACAAAUUUAAGAAAACAUACAGUAUUAAAUAGAGCCUAGAUUGCAUGGAACUCCUAUCUCAGAUGGAUCAAAUGAACAGCGAACCUGGUUUAAAAAAACAGAUAAAGUAUCACUUCACGGCACAAUGCCUCUGCUAUUUGACCUAGAUAUUUUGUGUGUAUGUACUGAUAUGUAAGCUAUGUGUGAUGUUUUUCAUUUACGUAGUUCUGUCUUUAAGCUGUUAUUGUCUAUAAAUGUUCUGUAUUAUCAAGUUUUGUGUGGACCACAGGAAGAGUAGCUGCUACUUUAGCAACAGUUAUUUGGGAUCUUAAUAAAAUACCAAUA